AUGGCCUCGUCUCCGGCGCAUUCCUCUGCUAGCUCCGGCGACACCUCCGAUGCAUCUCAGCCCGCAUCCAUUGCCGUGGUGCAGACGGUGAACAUCCGUUCACACGUCCCCAUCCUUCUCGAUCUCCUGGACUCCAACUACAGCCAGUGGAGGUGCUGCUUCGACUCCGUCCUCGGCAACGCGACGCAGAAAUGGCGCCAGAUCAACUGCUGCAUCGUCAACUGGCUGUACACCACCGUCAACAAGAACGUCUUCGACAUCAUCUACAAGCCUCGCGCCUCAGCGUUCACCCUUUGGUCGGACAUCGAGGGCCUCUUCCGCGACCAUGAACUCCAGCGCGCCGUCUACCUGGAGGUUGAGUUCCGCAGCCUCAACCAGGGCGACCUCAACAUCUCGGACUACUGCUCCCGCCUCAAGCUCCUCGCUGAUGGCCUGCGCGACGUCGGACAGCCCGUCUCAGAGUCGAGCUAG